UUUUUUUUUUUAUCAUACACUAUAGCAACACCCGGUAACAUACUGGUGCCUUGACGAACUAAACCAAUUCUGACUCCGACUCCGAUUGAACAACAUUGGUACCAGUAUCGAUACUACCGGGACCAUUACCGGCAUUUGUUAAUAUCGUUUUCGAUCAAUGUAAAACACAUGUCGAUAUCCUUUUGGACGUAUCAUGACUUUAUAUUGUUGAUUUUUGGCUUUCGGUUGCAAUACUGAGUUACGGUGUCGUAAUGAACCUAACCAAACCCGUACCGUAUUUUUUUUUGUCUUGUCAUAUUACAUUACAUUAUUACUCGAAUUUAACAGAAAAGUUAACCUAGAAUGGGUAGUUAAAUGAACCGAAGACCGGACCAGGGGAAGCAAUGAAGCAGAUUGGGUUGAUUGCAUUUUCAGGAUUAAGAAGAUGAGACUGAAACCAGAUGAUCUAUUGCAAACAAUCAACAGAUCUUAUAUGUACUCUCAAAAAUCAAUGCAAAUCAGUCAAACAUAUCUACCAAGUUCAUGCCCAGAUCAUCACCAGAGGCCUCCUUUCUCUCCACCCUUCCUCCGCCUCCCGCCUACUCACCGCCAUCAUUCACACCUUCAACUCCCUCCUCCCACCUGCCCCGCACCGCCCGCCACACCCAAUUUCAUAUCACUACCUCCACUCUGUAUUCAAUCUCAUCAGCAGCCCCUCCACCUUUUGUUGGAACACCAUCAUUCGCUCCCAUACUCUCCUCUCUUUGCCUGAAAAUGCAUUGUUUUUCUUCAUCCAAAUGCGUCGGCGAUGUGUGUCUCCGGAUGCCCACACUUUCCCUUUUGUUCUGAAAGCGUGUGCACAGUCGAAUGAGCUUUCCGUUGCGAGAACUAUUCAGUGUCAGUCUUUAAAGCAUGGGUUUAUGCGUGAUGUAUUCGUCUGUAACAAUCUUGUUCGUGUGUAUUGUAACUGUGGGCGGAUUGGUGAUGCGUAUAAGGUGUUUGAUGAAAGUGUUGAGAGAGAUGUUGUUUCCUAUAAUGUGAUCCUUGAUGGGUUUGUUAAGGGUCGGGAGAUUGAACGUGCUCGUCAAGUGUUUGAUGAAAUGCCUGUGAGUGUCAGGGAUGCGACAACUUGGGGUACGAUGUUGGCUGGUUAUGCACAAACGAAACACUACGACCAAUGUUUGAGUCUGUAUGAUCAAAUGCUUGUUCUAAGUGUUCCUCAUGACAACGUGUCAAUAGUUUCUGUUCUCUCGGCUUGUGGACGAAUGGGGGAACUAGAAAAAGGGAAACAAGUACAUGAUCAUAUCAGACGUAGUGGAAUUCAAAUAGACUCGUUUUUGUGUACCGCCUUAGUGGACUUCUACGCGAAAUGUGGGAGCAUAGAAACCGCUCAGGGGAUAUUCGAAGCUAGCGCCGAUAAAAAUCUAUUCACUUGGAAUGCAAUGCUUGUUGGGUUAGCUAUGCACGGUUAUGGCGAACUGCUACUAAAUUAUUUCUCCAAAAUGGUUAAGAACCGAGUUAAACCGGAUGGGGUGACCUUUCUUGGUGUCUUGGUGGGGUGCAGCCAUGCUGGUCUUAUUAACGAAGCGAGACGACUUUUUGGUGAGAUGGGGUCGGUUUAUGGAGUUCCUAAAGAGCUGAAACAUUACGGGUGCAUGGCGGAUCUACUUGCGCGUGCCGGUUUGAUCAAAGAAGCGAUGGAGAUGAUCGAGAGUAUGCCAAUGUCGGGCGAUGUUUUUGUUUGGGGGAGUUUGCUUGGAGGGUGUAGGCUCCAUGGGAAUGUAGAGGUAGCAGAGAAAGUGGCUGCGCGUAUUAUGGAGAUAAGUCCUGAAGACGGUGGAGUUUAUUCAACAAUGGCUGACAUUUACGCAAACGCGAAGCGGUGGGAUGAUUUAACGAAGAUAAGGAGGUUGAGGGAUUCAAGGAAGGUGAAGAAGAAUGCUGGAUGUAGUUUGAUACAGUUGGAUGGUGUUACACAUGAGUUUAUAGCAGGUGAUGAUUUGCAUCCUCAAUCUGAUGAGAUAUAUUUGGUUCUAAAUGCUAUUGGACAACACCAAUAUCAAAUGCAACUUUAGGGUUGAUUUAUGAUGUUGAUUAAUUCUCUUGUUUCUCAAGAAGUUUAUAGUAUUUUCAUAGAAAUAAAAGAGUAAACUUCCGUUUUGC